AAUUUUCAAAAUUUUAAUUAAAAAAAAUAUUAUCCUUUUCACCAUUUUCUCUAUAUUUUUGCCCCACUCUCAAUCUUCCACUGAUCUCUGCAAAAUGGAAACCUAACUUAGGGUUUGAUUGAUCAUCACUCUUCUUCCAAAUUUCAGGAUUGAAUUGGGACAAGAAAGGUUCAAAAUUGAUGAUUGAAAGAGGUUGAUCCUAUAGGUAUAGAUUUGGUGUAAUCUAUUGAUUUGAGCUACUUCAGAUUAGGGUGGAAGGAACAAAUUGUUCACAUCAGUUGAGAGAGUGAGAAGGGAACGAUUUAGAUCAGGACUUAGGUUUGGAGAUAUUGCAAUAUGGAGGAUGAUAGUGGGCUCGAGCUUAGUUUGGGUUUAUCUUAUGGUGGUUCAUCAUCCAAACCGAAGAGCAAGAAUGGAAGCUCGUCGGAUACUAGGUCAGAAGAAGUUGGUAGAGGUGGCAAGAUGGUUGAUGAUUUUAAGAGCAUGUUUAAUACUGAUCCUCAAAAGCCAGAAUCAAUCACUAGUACCCGAAGGACUGAUUCCGCAAAGCACGAGGAGAAUUUCUUUAGUGACCUUUCCAAGGUCAAAGAAGAUAAUGCUUCUUUGAAUUUAAACGGGAGAGGGUUCCUUGUCGGAAACAGCCAUAAUAAACCUAUUGAAAUUGACGAAAAUAAACGGUUAGAUGUAGUAAAUAAGCGAAGGAUGUCUUUUGAUGACAUACGUACUCAAAAGAGGCAUGACAGCGAUGUUCAUCAUGGUGAUUUACAUGACAGGGGAAGAGCUUCUCAUAUUUCUUUAACAGAAGAUGGCUCGACUGCCGAAAAUGAAGACGUGGCUGAUUCGGAAGCUGAGAACUCUACCUCCAGGCCUCUCUCACACCAUAGUGAUGGUUCCAAAGGAUUUGUUAGAGUCGGUGGUGCUUCUUCCGAUGCUCCAAAAGAGAUUCGUGGAGUCGCUGACUCAAGUGCCAACGGGCAGAAGAGAUUCACCGCAUCUGCAGAAAAAGAUUUUAAACAUGCAAACAUGACUUAUGGUUCUUCCUUCCCGGGUCAACCAGUGAAUAUGAUGAAUGUACCUUACACAUCGGUAAAAGAUUCAAAUCCUGUUGGAGCACCAAGUUCUCAAAUACCUAUGCAUAUGAUGCCGGCUGCGACUGGUGAUCGUGCAGGAGCUCAAUCUGUCAGUAAUGGAAACUUGCCAAUGAUGUUUGGACAUCCAUACGUUCAGCUUCCUAUGUUGGAUAAGGAUAGCUCAUGGGGACGUCCGCAACAGUUUCAUCCUUCCUUUGCCGGGAGAGGUCCAACUAACUCAGCUGCGUUACACCUAAACAAUAUAUCUGAGGCCAUGCCAUAUGAAGGAAGACCACUAGAACGAGCCAAAAGUGACGGAAAACAGCGUGUCACCGAAGAAGGCUCCUUUUCACAACCAGAAGAUGUGAAAGGAAGCAGCACAAACCUCAGAGGCAAAGAUGCAUCGGAACAGUCGAAAGUAGAAGGUUCAACCAUUGAUUUUUCUAAUAUCAAGCCAGGGCUCGCUGCAGAUGUGAAAUUCGGAGGAUGCGGUGCAUACCCAAAUCUGCCUUGGGUGUCGACCACAAACUCAAACGGGAAAACAAUAUCGGGUGUUACUUACAGGUACAACACUACCCAAAUCAGAAUUGUUUGUGCAUGUCAUGGCUCUCAUAUGACCCCCGAGGACUUCGUUCGCCAUGCAAAUGACGACCCAACAAACCCAGACGGCAAUGCGGUUUCGGGAACCAUACCAAAUGGUAAUCUUGGUUCCUCUUCUCACAGUUAGAUUACUACCAUCUACCAUCCAGGCUGUACUCUACUAUAUUAUUAUAGUUCCCAACAACAGAAUCUGGAAUUUCCAUAAUUUUUCUGUAGAUGAAUGAGUUUUCUACAAUUUUUUUUUCUAUUUGCCUAUUUCACUUAAAUUACUUGUAGCAGCUGCAGUUAAGAUUGUAGUUGUACUUAAUAAUGGUUGAGCUUUAUAGCAUCAUCUAUUCUAUUAAAUAGUAAACAAGCAAGUGAUUUUGUAUUA